AAAAAAAAAAAAAAAAAGAAUAAAUGGAGAAGAGAAUAUAGUAGUAGCAAGCUAUCAGCUAUGGAGCCCGCCUGGGAAUUGUUUAGCUUUUCUUACAGUCCUUAAUUGUUUUUGUAGUAUAGUGACAACAUAGCUUAAGACAAUCAAUCCCUUUUCAAGCCUAAUCAUAUCUACCUAGACUUACAUUUUCACCACUUCUAAGCUUUUAUCUCUCCUCUGACAUUGACAGCCUUUCCUCCCUCUGUGUCUCUAUUCUUCUCGAAAAUUUAGGGUUUUGAUUUAAGAAGAUUCAGAUUCUGUUAGAUUUCAGGGGAAGAAAGGAAAGGACCAUAAGUCAGACAUGAAAAUCCGAGUUUCUUUUAUUUAUUUAUUUUGGUGUCUAUAACUGCAUAAUGUUGCAAUUGAGAUUUUGAUGAUUGAGUUGUUUGAUUACUGUUGUAAUGGCUGUGGUGAGUCUUGUUCCUGCAAUAACGCCACCGCUCAGUCCGGUUAACUUUGCUGAAUAUCGAGUUCCGGCAAGUAUGGCAACUACUAGGGAGAUAGUACAGCACUCAGUGGCGAGAGUAAUUGAAGAGAAGGUGUACGUUGCGGUGGGGAAAAAUGUUAAGGAAUACAAAUCCCUUCUUUUGUGGGCAUUACAGAACUCAGGAGGCAAGAAAAUUUGCAUAAUUCAUGUCCACCAACCCGCUCAGAUGAUUCCUCUGAUGGGCACAAAAUUUCACGCAACCUCACUUAAAGAACAGGAAGUCAGGGCUUACAGGGAAAUUGAAAGGCAAGCGAUGCAUGAAAUUCUGGAUGAAUAUAUUCUUCUUUGUUGGCAAAUGGGGGUGCGGGCUGAGAAACUGCAUAUUGAAAUGGAGAGUAUUGAGAAGGGAAUUUUAGAACUUAUCUCUUCGCAUUGCAUCAGGAAGCUUGUUAUGGGAGCAGCGGCAGACAAGCGCUAUUCAAGAAAUAUGAUGGACAUCAAGUCUAAGAAGGCCAUCUUUGUGCGCUUGCAAGCACCUGCUUCUUGUCAGAUAAAGUUCAUCUGCAAGCAGCAUGUUAUAUACACAAACAGGGAAGGUGCUUCAGAUGCAAAUGAUAUAGAGAUACUACCAUCUUUACAGCGAAACAUCCUAAACACAGAAAAUGGACAAUCAAUUCAUUUGAGGUCACAAUCUAUUACUGUAAUGCAGAAUAAUCAUCCAAAACUCACCAAUCCAGCUCAAGAUUUAUUCUGCAGGGCACAAUCCAUUACCUUUGGCCGACUGGGAGGCAAAUCAAUACCUUCUACUUCCCCAGAUAAUGUAGGAGGGCCAUCAACUUCACAGAACAGGCCAGAUGCAGAAGGAGCUUCAUCUGCUUCACCUGUAUCAUCUGAUGAAAGUGAUGCAUUGUCAAGGACUACUUCUCAUGGUUCACUUCUCUCAACAUGCUCAUCCACUGGGUUAGUCAGUGUUGGUUUAGGUCCACUUAUUAGAAGUGAAGGAGGAUUAGAAAUAAGCACGCUACAUCAGCCUAAAUUGGAUCUUCAUCAUUCAUCUACUUCCAGUGUACUGCAGGAAGGAAGUAUAGAGGAUCCUCUUUAUGAUCAGCUCGAACAAGUAAUGACAGAAGCUGCAAAUUUAAGGAGAGAAGCGUUUGAAGAGGCAGUCAGGCGUGCAAAAGCCGAAAGAGAUGCCAUUGAGGCCAUACGCAGGGCCAAAGCAUCUGAGGGCUUGUAUGCUGAGGAGGUGAGACGAAGGAAAGAAAUUGAAGAAACACUAGCAAAAGAAAAAGAAAAACUUGAAAAAAUGAAGAGCGAGAGGGAUGAAGUCAUGGAAGAACUUCAUAUUGCCCUGGAUCAGAAAAAAAUUCUGGAGAGCCAAAUUGCAGAUGCUGAACAAAUGGUAAGGGAGUUGGAGCAAAAAAUAAUCUCCGCUGUGGAACUGUUGCAAAAUUACAAGAAAGAACGGGAUGAAUUGCAGAUGGAGCGUGACAAUGCACUUAAAGAAGCAGAGGAGCUGAGGAAAAGCCAAGCAGAAGCCUCAAGCUCUCACAUGCCACAGUUCUUCUCUGACUUCUCUUUCUCAGAGGUUGAAGAAGCAACUGACAACUUUAAUCCCUCUCUCAAGAUUGGGGAAGGGGGAUAUGGUAGCAUUUACAAAGGUCUCCUGCAUUACACCCAAGUGGCUAUAAAGGUGCUGCACUCUCAUAGUUUGCAAGGCCCUGCAGAAUUUCAACAGGAGGUUGACGUUUUGAGCAAGAUGAGGCAUCCAAAUCUUGUCACUCUCAUUGGAGCCUGUCCAGAAGCUUGGACUCUUAUCUAUGAGUAUCUUCCCAAUGGAAGUCUCGAGGACAGGCUUUGCUGCAGGGAUAAUUCUCCUCCUUUGUCUUGGCAGACUCGGAUACGCAUUGCUACUGAGUUAUGCUCUGUCCUUAUCUUUCUUCACUCUAGCAAACCACACAGCAUUGUGCAUGGCGAUCUAAAACCUGCUAACAUCCUCCUUGAUGCCAAUUUUGUGAGUAAGCUAAGUGACUUUGGAAUUUGUCGACUACUGUCUCAAAAUGAAGGUUCAAGCAACAAUACAACAAUGUGCUGCAGAACUGACCCCAAAGGCACUUUUGUAUACAUGGAUCCCGAGUUUCUUGCCUCGGGAGAGCUUACUCCAAAGUCAGAUGUUUACUCAUUUGGAAUCAUAUUGUUAAGGUUGUUAACUGGAAGACCAGCCUUGGGGAUAACGAAGGAAGUGCAGUUUGCAUUAGAUAAAGGAAACUUGAAAAACCUCUUGGAUCCUUUGGCCGGGGACUGGCCAUUUGUUCAGGCCGAACAGUUAGCCCACUUGGCACUGAGGUGUUGUGAGAUGAACCGAAAGAGUCGGCCAGAUCUUGCAGCAGAAGUAUGGAGGGUACUUGAACCGAUGAAAGCUUCAUGCGGAGGCUCAUCAUGUUUCCGGCUUGGAUCAGAAGUGCAUUUCCAACCUCCUCCGUAUUUUAUAUGCCCAAUUUUCCAGGAAAUCAUGCAAGAUCCACAUGUUGCAGCUGAUGGUUAUACUUAUGAAGCAGAGGCUUUACGAGGAUGGCUGGACAGCGGACAUGAUACUUCGCCAAUGAACAACCUUAAGCUUGCACACAACAAUCUCAUCCCCAACCAUGCACUUCGAUCAGCAAUCCAGGAAUGGCUACACGAGCUUUAGAGAUUAGUACCAAUUUCUCUUUUAGUUCAACACACUGUUUAUAGUUGUAUAUUUCUUGCAUUGCUAUGGCCAUCAGAACCACUAUUACCCAGUUUCCUUCUUCCCUUUGUUAGGACAAUGGUCUACAUACUAUUGCCCUUUUCUCGCUUCCACCCUAGUUCUGUCAUUGUAUAGUGUAUAAACUACAGAGGGCAGCUGGUUUGAAACUUUAUAUAUAGGCGGAAUAUAAUAAUUUAUAUAAUUCAUGAAAUGACAGAUUUACAUUACAGGGUUUUGUACGAA